AGACCAAGGACGCAGUUGCGGACGACAGGCACACGAAGCGGCGAAAAAAUGUGGAAGACAACAGGAGCGGCCAUAUUACGGGGGGUCAUGGACGAGCAGGUGCUCCUGCUGCUUCCACCGGCUCUGCAGCAUCCUCAUCUUCAUCCUCCGCUGGAGAAAUGAACGGCAUGAUCUCCUCACUGGUAGCUCCUGACGGACCAACAGCGCCAGCUCGUCCACUAUUUGCGAUCGAAGACGGAGCGGCACAGACGCCUGGAAUUUACUGUGGUGCAGAAGGGGGCACAACCGUCGUGGAAGGUAGCUCAAUGUUCGGUGCCGGGGGCGGUGCGACGACGCCGGGCAUGGUGGGAGCUUUUGAUGGACAAGAAGAUCAGCCGCACGACCAGUACUACGCCCUCGGAUCUGCAACUACUGUUGUCGGUGGCUUCACUGUUUUUGGGCAAUACACAGACGGUAGUGCCACGG